AUGCGACAGUCCCCGCGCAGCCUCGCUGCUGCUGCGGAGUCUAGCAGCAGCAGCAGCAGCAGCAGCAGCAGCAGCAGCAAGCCGUCCCCAGUAGCACAUGGAGGGAAGGCUUCAGCUGCAGUUCAAGACGUCAACAGCACUCCUGUAGCUGCAGCAGGAGCACCAGCAGCAGCAGCAGCACCAGCAGCAGCAGCACCAGCAGCAGCAGCAACACCAGCAGCAGCCGGUGGCUCCUCCCAGCAGCAGGGCCAUGUGGGGCUCGUGCGUCGCGGCAGCUCAUCAGCUGUCUCUUCAUCUGCAGCAGCAGCAGCUCUGUCUCCUGCAGCUGUAGCAGCAGCUUCCCCAGCAGCAGCAGCAGCAGCGGGAGCUCCAGCAGCAACAGCAGCAGCAACAGCAGCAGAGGAUGUAGAGUGCAGCGUGUGUCUGGUGAAGGGCUCAGAGCCCCACAACAGCAUCGUCCUCUGCAGCGGCUGCGGUGCUGCUGUGCAUCAGUAUUGUUAUUCUCUCUAUGCUCUGCCGCAGGCGCCCUGGUUUUGUUGUCUUUGUAGCUGGAAGCAGAAGCAGCAGCAGCUGCAGCAGCAGCAGCUGCAGCAGCAGCAGAUACAGCAACAUCAGGGCCCAUUGGCCCUUGCAGCAUCUGCUGUUUCCUCCGGCGACGGCGGUUCUGCGCAGCAGCAACCAGCAACAGCAGCAGCAGCCAGCAGCAGCAGCAGCAGCAGCAGCAGCAGCAGCAACAGCAGCAGCAGCAGCAGCAGCAGCAGCAGCGGGGAUGAAGUUUGUCGUUUGUGUCUGCGGGGUGGGGGCGCGAUGAGGGUCGGUGAAGCAGAGGGCCUCGGCCAGGAUAUAACCUGGCGGGCUGUCUUCUGCAUGCAGCACAGCACUGCUGCUGCUGUCAAUGAGGCGCGGCUAGCUAUCAAAAGACAAACUGCUGCUGCUUCACACCCUUCUCCUCCUGCUGCUGCUCCUGCUGCUGCUGCUGCUGCUGCUGCUCUUGCCCCGCAUCCUGCUGCUCCUGCUGCUGAUACUGCUGCUCCUGGGGGGACGCAGGCAGCAGGAGCUGCGCCGGCGCUAACCGAAACGGGAAACGCUGCUGCUGCUGCAGCAGCAGCUGGCAGGCAGCAGGAGCUGCGCCGGCGCUAA